UCAAUCCCCCUAAUUUUAUCCUAUUUUUGGCAAUUUCCCCUUCUUCAUCAGUGUCUUCACUGCGUCGCUCCCACGCGGGUUUAGAAAGCUUCAACAAAGGGAAAAACGAUACAGAAACUUUGAAGCAAAGAAAAUGGCGGAGCCCAAAGUAAAAUACGAUCGCCAACUCAGGAUAUGGGGUGAACAAGGGCAGGCAGCCCUUGAAAAAGCGAGUAUUUGUCUUCUCAACUGCGGGCCUACAGGUUCUGAGACUUUGAAAAAUCUUGUUCUUGGAGGGAUUGGAAGCAUCACUAUUGUCGAUGGUACCAAGAUAGAUGAAGGCGACCUUGGCAAUAACUUCAUGGUGGAUGAAUCAAGUAUCGGACAGUCGAAGGCAAAGUGUGUCUGUGCAUUUCUUCAAGAACUAAAUGAUGCUGUAAAAGCUAAGUUUAUAGAAGAGUAUCCAGAGGCGUUAAUCGAAACAAGGCCAUCAUUCUUUUCACAGUUUACAUUAGUAGUUGCCACACAGUUGGUUGAGGAGUGGAUUGUGAAGCUAGAUAAAAUCUGUAGGAAUGCGAAUGUCAUAUUGGUCGUUGCACGCUCUUAUGGCCUCACUGGGCUUGUCAGAAUCAGUUUAAAGGAGCAUACUGUUAUUGAAUCAAAGCCUGAUCAUUUUCUGGAUGAUCUCCGGUUAAAUAACCCAUGGCCAGAGCUGAGGAGGUUUGCUGAAACUAUUGAUCUCAAUGCUCCUGAUCCUGUUGCUCACAAACACACCCCAUACGUUGUUAUUCUUGUCAAGAUGGCUGAAGAGUGGGCCAAAAGCCAUGGUGGUAGUUUACCAUCAAGCAGAGAAGAGAAGAAAGCAUUCAAGGAUCUCCUCAAAGCCAAGAUGAUUGCAACGGAUGAAGAUAACUACAAAGAAGCUAUUGAAGCUUCCUUCAAAGUCUUUGCUCCUCAUGGAAUCAGUCCAGAUCUGAAACAGAUAGUUGAUGAUAGCUGUGCUGAAGUUGAUUCUAAUUCAUCGGAUUUUUGGAUAUUAGUGGCUGCUUUGAAGGAGUUCAUAGCCAAUGAAGGAGGUGGCGAGGCACCCAUGGAAGGAUCAAUACCAGAUAUGACAUCUUCAACUGAGCACUAUGUUAAUUUGCAGAACAUCUAUCAAGCUAAAGCAGAGGCUGACUUUAAGAUAAUAGAGGAAAGAGCAAGGAACAUUUUGAAAAAAGUUGGCAGAGAUCCAAAUAGCAUCUCUAAGACGACAAUCAAAAGCUUCUGCAAAAAUGCAAGAAAGCUGAAAGUUUGCAGAUAUCGUUCACUUGAGGAUGAGUUCAGUUCUCCAUUCUUACCUGAGCUACAGAAGUAUCUAACUGACGAGGAUUUUAGUGUGGCAGUUGGAUUUUAUCUUCUGCUUCGAGCUGUUGAUCGCUUUGCUGCAAAUUACAACAGUUUUCCUGGGCAAUUUGACGGUGGGAUCGAUGAGGACAUAUCUCGAUUGAAAACUACUGCCGUUGGCCUACUCAAUGAUUUGGGUUGCAAUGGCUUGACCUUAUCAGAGGACCUCAUUAAUGAGAUGUGCCGAUUCGGUGCAGCAGAGCUCCAUGUAGUCGCUGCCUUCACAGGAGGAAUUGCAUCACAAGAAGUAAUCAAGCUAAUCACCCGACAGUUUGUACCCAUGUCUGGAACUUUCAUAUUCAAUGGCAUCGAUCACAAGUCGCAGUUGUUAUCGCUCUAGUGGCUUUGGAGCUAUAAAAUAUGGCACAUCCAUCACCUUCUCCCCAAUACCACCUCCAGUUCUGGAUUUCCAUUUUCCAGAUUCGCCUCUCUUUGGUUCUCAUUGGCAGGCAAUACACUUCUUCACUGGAGGAGAAAGAACUCACUCCUUUGUUGGAGCUAUGGUACAUUGCAUGAUUUUUACUUGGUGCAAUACCCUUUGUUGAUGAAAAGGUUCAAUUAAAUCGAAUUUCUUACCAUAUAUUUCAGAAUAUCAUUGCUCUGGACGUAUUUCUGACUUUGCAGUGGGAGAGGAAAAAGGAUUACAGGAAAGUUUCUGAUGACUAUAUCUUAUUUCUAUCUUGACCUUCAAUCCUUAGAGUAUGAUCCUUCAAAUUGCCUCCUCUCCUGUGUCUUUAGAAUCAAUCUUGGUCUCAAAAAUAUUAUCGUCAUCGUCAUCAUUUUUUUUGAAAAACAUAAUUAUACCCGUGAUUAUUCUGAGCUGUUGCAAUGUUAUUUAAGGAAA